GGGACCAUGACCCGCAAGGUUCGCGUGAGGCCGACCGAAUGAGAAAAGGCCGGCCGAAUAAGAAAAGAAUGAUCGCCUCUCCUCGCAGCCGACGACUCUCGCUCCUGCGACCGUCAGGCUCUUCCAUGUCCGUCAGUCGCUGAGCAGGUGUCAAUUGACUUUGACGCCCAUCCCCAGGCCACGCAAAAAUCGCCAGCACAAUGCAUUGCCGGUUGCCCCUCCUGAGGCUCCUCCUCGGCGUGCUGCCCCUUGCGGGCGCCGUCGCCGCCGAGGACGUGCUCUACAGCGAGCGCCGCCUCAGCAAGCGCUUCAUCGACGAACAGGGCAACUACAACAUCUCCUUCUACCACAUCAACGAUGUCCAUGCCCACCUCGACGAGUUCUCCUCGUCUGGCACCGACUGCACCAACCCCUCGCGCGGCUGCUACGGCGGCUACGCCCGUGUCAAGCACUACGUGGAGCAGACCCGCCCCUCUCACCCGGACAGCCUGUUCCUCAACGUGGGCGACGAGUUCCAGGGCACCCUGUUUUACAGUUUCUACGGCGGCGAGAAGAUCGCCGAGACCCUCAACCAGAUGGGCUUCGACGGCAUGACGCUGGGCAACCACGAGUUCGACGGCGGCGACGACAAGCUGGGCGAGUUCCUCAACAACCUGACAUUCCCCAUCAUCUCUGCCAACAUCCAGAGCACCCACCCGCUUCUCAACAAGACCAUCAAGCCCUACCACAUCUACGACAAGUACGAGCUCGCCGUCAUCGGCGUCACCACCGAGACCACCGCUGGCAUCUCGCGCCCGGGCAAGGAAACCACCUUCAGCGACUCGGUCGCCGCCGUCCAGGCCACUAUCGACCACAUCCGCUCCACCACCAACAUCAAGCGCAUCGCCGCCAUCACUCACAUCGGCUACGAUGAGGACCAGCGCCUGGCCGAGUCCACCACCGGCCUGCAUCUCAUCAUGGGCGGCCACAGCCACACCCCACUGGGCGACUUUCCCGGCGCCCAGGGCUCUUACCCCACCAUCAAGAAGAACAAGGCCGGCGACGAGGUCUUCAUCGUCCAGGCUUACCGCUGGGGCGAGUACGUCGGCUACAUCGACGUCACCUACGACGCCGAUGGCAAGAUCCUGGCCUACCACGGCGCCCCCGUGCACAUGACCAACACCACCGCCCAGGACCCCGGCCUGCAGGCCCAGAUCACAAGCUGGCGCGCCCCUUUCGCAGAGUUUGCCGGUGAGGUUGUUGGUUUUAGCAACGUGGACCUCGACCAGACCCAGUGCCGUAACAAGGAGUGCCUGCUGGGCGACCUGAUGGCUGACGCCAUGGUCGCCUACCGCCGUAAAGUCACCACCGGCAUCGACUUUGCCCUCAUCAACGGCGGCGGCGUGCGUGCCACCAUCGAUGCCGGCAAUAUUACCCGUGGCGGGGUCUUGACCUCGUUUCCGUUUGGCAACACCAUCGUGGACAUGACCUACACAGCCGCUGACCUGUGGAAGGUUCUCGAGGGCCUGGUCUCGGGCGUCAACCAGUUCAACGGCAAGACUGUCACGUCGUUCCCUCAGCUAUCCAAGGACAUACGGAUUCUUUAUGACCCUGCCGGGCCCGUCGGCAGCCGCCUCAAGCGCGCCACCGUCGGAGGACAGCCAAUUGAUUCCAAGGAUACAAGCAAGAAGUACACCUUCGUUACCGUGGACUUCCUUGCUGGAGGCGGCGACUCCUUCCUUGUCCCCACCACCGGCUUUGCCACUCUGGACGCACAGGACGUUGUGCUCAUGGCCUACCUCGCUGAGAACUCUCCCAUCGACAUUGCGCUUGACGGUAGGAUCAAGACGGUUGGUGAGUGUGCUCGCCGCCGUCGCCGUGCCUAAGCCGCGGUGUGCUGGCCAGCAGGCUCAUGGAAUGUUUCAUGGGCAGUGCCUGACGAAAAAAGUCAAUGCCACGAAUUGGAUAUAAUUGACGAACUAAAUACAAAUAAUCCUAUCGUUAACUGUCCGAGCCGAAUCCCCUACGGUCGCGGUCUAUAAAUGCGCAAAUGAGCGGUGCUGCUUGGGUCGAUA